AUGUUACAUCACGAAAGCUCUGUGAUGCAGCGUAUUAUUAAUUACCCAAAAAAUUCUAGGGUGGUAGUUUCUGCUCCCAAAGGACCAGGUCAACACAAUUUUGCCUUUGACGAUAUCGGAAAGACCUGCUCACUUUGUGGAAAAGAUUUCGAUCGCGUAUGGAAUCUACGACGCCACCUUACCAAAUAUCAUAAGUUAGCAACUCAUAUUGCUAACGAUAUUAGCCCUCAAUAUGCCGAUAGAAAUUUAGCGUCACAAAGACAGACCACGAACACUGCCGAGCCGACCGCCCCUGAUCACAAUGACGAUUCCGUUAACGAAGACCUACACGUUGAAUCCGAUUUGGAGGAUGACGACAGCAGCGAUGUUGACGACAUGAACAGCGAUGGCGACGAUAAUGUUAGCGAGAUUGAACUCGAUGCCGGUGAAAGUAUUAUCGAGAUGGAUGAGGACACCAGCCCCUUUGAAAGUCCAAGUCCAGGUAACCACCUAUACAUGCAUAUAAGAAAUAGUAUGUUGUCUUCUGCAUCCAAUACCAGCUCAUCGUUGGAUGCAGAUCUCGAUUUACUGAGAGAAGCAACUGGAUCGCAUACGACAUGGAACCAGUAUACAUCAGACACCCACCCGUUCCCGGAUCUCCAGUCUAUGGUACUGCUUGCCUUUGUUGAUGGCGAUAAAGACAUGGUAUCUCGCAGGAUCUUGAAAAAGAUCCUGUUUACCAUAAGUCUUGUCCUUAAGCUUCACGAGGAAGCUAUCCGAAAGAAGUCCCCGUUCAAGUUACCUCGUUUGGAUGCCCUCUUGAACUACCACGUCCGGUUUCUUGCUGCCAACCCCAAGAAAGCAAGAAACAUGUUUUCCCUCCCUGACCGCACUCCUAACCAGUCCAUUUGUCUACAACAAGGCGAAAAGUGGAGAACACAUUGGUACUAUCAACAACCUAUGUUCACCCACAACGGCGUAGAUUUUUGGUCUGGUGAUAUUGUUAACUUUAUGAAUGGUUCCACUCCAGCCCGUUUCCUAGUAGAAUCAUUCCAUACCAUGGAUAACUCAGCCGUUUUUGUUCAAGGCUACAUGGUUUAUAUUCUGGAAGGCGGUCAGUUCAUUGGCAUCGAAGUUGAAUCUACUAGCAUAAAGCUUGAAACUCUUCUCGGUGUUGACUCGACCCCUGUUGAUGUUGCCCUAUGCUACAGCGUCUCACCUGGGAAAGUCUUUCAUUUGAUUCCCAGGCACAAGUCCUUGCUGGAAGAGCCUCAUUUCUUAAAACGGCACGUACUAGACGAAACCGGAAAGCCGAUCGAUCCAAAGUUGUUUUACAAGGUGAGGAUAUCGCCCAUUAUACUCUUCACCGACGACACCUCCGGAAACCGAUCAAAGCAAUAUAACCCGUACGAAAGCUGGUCAAUGAAGUUUGCUGCUCUCUCCUACGAAGAGAGGUCUUCAAUUGAAAACAUCCACUUUCUCUCUGCUAUUCCCAAGAAAAAGGGGGCAAGUGGGAUGUCCUUGUUGCCUAAAAUCGUUGAAGAUUUCAAAAGGCUCGAAAACGGACUGGUGAUGUUCUCUGCCAAAGACAACGAAAACGUCUUAGUAGCAUCACCACUCCUUUGGAUCGAGGCAGACACUCCAUGCCAUUCUGAACUAUGUGGUUUGCGCGCGCCGACAAGUCUGUACCCAUGCCGCAAAUGUUAUGUCCGUUUACAAAGAUCCAUGCCCAACCUCCAAAGCUCUUCGUAUUAUACUGGUAGACACACAGCAAGAACAAAGGCACACUAUCUUGCUGCUGCGUCUACCUCGGGACGUGGAUCGACUAUUCCAGAUGCUCCUUUGACUGGAAAUGCUCUGACAGCAAGCGACCUAUGCUUCGCAAAUAGGGCAACAGAUGCAUUGUUGGAACUACAGUCAUUCGAUCCAUCGACAGAUACUCCAGUUGAAGUUCUGCAUAACAUACUUCUUGGAGUUGCUAAGUAUCUAGUCAAUGAUUUGGUAAAGGUUGUACUAAAGAAAAAUCCUAACCAAAUGGCUAGAUUGUCCAAAGCCCUCAAGGAUUAUGAAAACUCUCAAGGAAUGUCAAGAAAGUUCACUCGAGAGUUACGACACUGUGGCUCAUUCCUUGGGAGGGAUUACAAAGUUCUUCUGCAAAUUCUACCCGCUAUCUUAGUUACAGAAUUUGCAAAUGAUAGUAUACUCUCUCUCAUAACUCCAUCUUUUGUCCGUCUUGGCCGUCUUUGCUCCUUGGUGUUUGUUAGAGCAGUAAGGUAUGAUUAUAAUAUGUACAUCGACGAAGUUGAAAAGGCAGUUACAAGCCUUAUCCAAGAACUGCAUCAUUAUGUCAUUACCUGUGAAAUCGAAGGACAUAAUCCGUAUUCCUCGAAGCCCAAGGUUCACCUGCUCACACAUCUGCCCGACGAUCUACGAAGAUUUGGAACUGCUCUACACUACGAGACCGAAAAAGGUGAGCAGUUUAACAAACACAUCCGUGAACACCUAAUGCAUACCAAUAGGUUAAACACCUCAAGAGAUGUAUGUCUCAAGUUCGCCAAGCAAUCUGCAAUGAGACACAUCAUUGAUGGUGGUUCAUGGGUGAGCAAAGACAAAAUGAGAGAGAAGUAUGGUAAUUCCACGGCAGAAUUUCUUAAAGAAAACUUUAACGACAAUGUUAAGAAUAUCCUGUUUAGUGGAUCAAGAGACUUUGCUGAUAAUAACGACACUGAUGACAUUACAGCAAAAGCACUCUGUGACAAUACCUUUGUGGUGUUCAUGCUCAAGGAGAGUAGAGACCAACAUGCCCAUCCAUUUAUUGGAAAGGUCUCCUCUUUGAGAGUAGAACACUAUCGAGUUGAGAGUAGUCCCCACGCUCAAGUUAACAACUACCUCCUCGCGCAAAAGGUUUCCAAUGAUGCAUCUACUACACUCGAUCAGCUGAAGAUUGUAUGUAAGCUUGAUAUGCACACAGAAUUUAACAACAAGCUUGUCAUCAAUCUCAGUAAAUUUGGCUCCUACUGGUUCUUUGUUUCCUUGUUUUCGAAUCGACAGUAUUAA